AUGGGUUUGGGCUUUAUGGCCCGAGAUGGCUCACGCAAUCUACUACGCAGAGCUUUCUCCCCAACAUUUUGGUUCGAUCAUUGCUGGCCAGCCUCACGCAAGUAUUGGUUCUCUCUGUUGUUCAUCGCCGUCAUCUGCGCCAAAAUUCUUCACAUUUACUCGCAUCUGAACUCAUUACCUCUCGGACAAUUAAUCGUCUGGGGCCCCACAUUCUUUUUACAAGAUGUAGUUUGUAUCUUCCUAACCCACAGCCUGUGUGCUGAUUACCAGCACCGUUGGGCACGUGCCAUAGUGGCCUUGCUGGUCGUUCCGACUAGUUUGGCAAUGUCCGGUCUGUCAGCCGCCAAUAUCUCUUUCUACGUCGCAACCGGAGCCGAAAUCCACUGGAAACAAGCGCACAACUUCCACGGCGACAAGGCCGCCGUCAAAACGAUGCUCACCGGCUUAACGGGUUUAAUUAUCGUCGAGAUUGCAUUUGUUGCCGCAUCAUGGCUUUCUACACCACAUCUAUACAAUUGGACUGAGGGGAUUGUGUCAAUCUUUAGGAGUGUUCUGCCGUCCGCCUGUCGCAGGAAACGAGCUUCUCCGAUCUUAAAAAGAUAUGAGCGAGUCGCGCCUGAGGACUGGGAGGAGGAUCGAAUGGCUGUUGAAUCGAGCUCGGGCUUGCAGGAAAUGAACACAACCCAAGCAAAUGUAACGAAUGAAUCUCGGCAUUCUCGUUGGGUCCGAGUCUUUGUUCUCACAUUUACUGGCUUUGCGGUUCUUUUGCGUUGCAUUCGCCCGUCAAAUUCUGCCUAUAACUUUCUAUCUGAGACUGUUAUUGUCACACCGUUUGAUAAGGAUCAGUCUCGCGCACCCUCAUCGUUCGAUCUACUUGAGUUGACAGGUGAUUACAGCUGGUUGGGCAAUCGCACUGCCCUAGCAGCACCGCCCGCAUUUGACUGGCUGCCACCCAAUAAACUGGCCGGUUUCAGUGACUGGUAUGAAAAUGCCAACCACACUGCGCGCGUGCAUUAUGACCCAGCACAUGAUCCUCUCCAUAUCUCCAACCUUGAAAAUGAGGUUCUCGAGUCUCUCCGCGACUCGCUUCAGAGCGGCAGUGUCAAGAUCAAGCACGUGUUACUUCUCAAGUUAGAAAGCACUCGUGCAGAUGUAUUCCCACUUCGCAAGGAAUCCUAUUUCGGGGACAUGAUUCGCGAAACAUUUAAAGAUGGCCACCUCCCCGCUGAGGUUGAAGAAAGACUGGCCAAUCUAACACCCACGGCAGAGAGACUUACAGCUACUUCCUCCGGGUUCAAUGGAAACAAUAAUGUGCCUAAUCCAUAUGGAGGAUUCCAUGCUACCAAUGCUUAUACAGGCGGUACCUUUACCCUGAAGAGUAUCCUGGCGACUGUCUGUGGUAUCUCUCCCUUGGUCGUGGACUUCAAUCGCGAAUACCUGCACCACGUUUACCAACCAUGUAUGCCGCAUAUCCUGGAAGCACUCAAUUCUCAGGCCAACCUGACCAAGACGGAGGACUAUACCUCUUGGCCGUGGCGAUCCACAUGGAUGCAGGCCAUCACUGAGGACUAUGACAACCAAAACCUUCUCACACCCGUGUUGGGAUUUAAGCACAAAGUAACCGACAUCAACAUUGCCGAGGAUCGUGCGAAGCAGGGAGGCCAGCAACCAAAGAAGUUCAAUUUCUGGGGAUACCCCGAAACCGAGCUUUCAGGUUACCUUCGUAAUGCAAUUAAAUCGGCAGAGAAGCAGAAGGAACGACUGUUCAUCUCGCACUUGACUGGUAUUACGCAUCAACCUUGGGAUAACCCCAAAGGUCAGAAGUACGAGGAAAUGAUUAGCCACGGCUGGGUGGGAAAGAACAAUAAGGUAAAUCACUAUCUCAAUACGCUUGGCGUUGCAGACAAAUGGCUCGCCGAGUUGUUGAACAUCCUAGAGGAAACGGGUGUUGCCAACGAGACCCUGGUCGUGAUGGUGGGAGAUCAGUAA